AUGGUAUGUGAGCUGAAGUUGGGCUUCGGAGCCGCUCUGUCGGAGCUGAGUCAGAUCCAGACCUCGGACUCCUUCAUCAGAGAUGAGCUGGAGGACAAUCGCCGCAGUUGCCACAAGAGGGCGCACCGCCUGGAAACGCUGGUGGACACUCUCAGGCAGGUGGCGAUGCAGCUGCUACACUCUGAAUGGGAGUAUGUGUCAACUCUGAACCAGCUGUAUGAGCGCUACAGGAGGCCCCCGGACUACCACCUCUGCCCCCAGCCCUAUGAGACAUACGUGAGCUUUGUGGAGCAGCUCCUCCAGAGGCAGCUCCUGUUCCGGAACACGCUGCAGGAGCGACUCUCGGCCCAACACUGGAAGUCUCUGAUCGGGGACGUUCUGGUCCAGCUGCUCGGACACAACGAUUCCUCGUUCUCAGACAUGUAUUUGGGCUACACCAGGACGCUGGCCUCGUUCCUCUCUCUGGAGUUCAACCGCCUCAAACAGCAGAGCCACAAGCAGCAGAGCCACAAGCAGCAGAGCCACAAGCAGCAGAGCGGUGAUCAGGAGCAGGAGGAGAUGAAACUUCUGUCUCUGCUUCUGGCUCCAGUGUCAAGGAUCCAUGGGUAUCUGAGCCACAUCCAGAGCUUGUUGCAGUGGACGGGAAAAGACCAUCCAGACUGCAGCCUCCUCCUGGGCUCCGAGCGCUCGCUGAGGUCCCUCCUGAACCAGUGCCACGAGAUCCUGGAGCAAAACGUGAGAUGGGAGGAGCCACAGGAACCAGGAGUCUGCAGUGACACAACUGCCUCUGGUGGCAUCUCUGGGAACUGCAGGGAAGACAAGACAGGAGCAAAGAGCGACGCCGCUCUCGCUCCCUGCCCGUCUCUGCGUGUGGAGUGUCUCUCCUGCAGCCCGAUCCGCCGCAAAUCCUCCUCUCUCCUUCAGAAACCUUCUCCUCCAGACCCCAGGAGCUGCCCUCACUGCUGCUCCCUGCACCUCCUCACCCCCCAGGAGCCCGCCCCGCUGUGGGGAGAGACCAGUGACUCAGGCCAGGGCACCUACAGCCACAGCCCAGGGAGAGCCAGGGAGGAGGUCGACAGCGACUCCUUCAGCUCAGUCACCUCCUGCAGCAUGGACGAAAAUCUGAGAAGAGAGGAGGAGGAGGAGGGGGAGGAGGAGGAAGAGGACAGUCAUGUACCAGUGCUGCUGAAGCCACGGGAGAGAACGGUGUGUUUGCGGUGGCAGAUUCCCAGACUGACGCCUCACCCUCCUCUGCACCAGGACCAGGAGAAGGAGGAGGAUGAGGAGGAGGGAAUGACAAGGCCUACGAUCCUCAAGACGCCGCGGUCUCCUCCCAAAAGUGCUUUCAGACCCAUCUGGGACGACCCCUCCAAGCAGCUGGACUCGGCUCCAGAGAGAGACUGCAGACAGGUCUUUAUCCCGAUCCAGACGCCCAGACCAAGCUUCCACCUGUUUAACACUCACCGAGAAAACCUCAGACAGAACCUGCUGCAGCAGAGAGGAGCGCCCCCCGGUGGAAACACAGCAGCAUCACUGUGGGACGACAGCGACAGCGAGGGCCCUUGCAGCACGGUCUGA